CGCUCCGCGCUCAGUUACGAUGGUUCGAGUAACGCAGUUGGUUCUGUUGGCUUUGGCUAUCGUCGUUGCUUCUGGGGAAAAUGACCUGGACUUCAGUGUUCAGCUGGUCUACGACGCCGUCGACAGCGGCUUGGACAAACCGCAAAUGAACCGGCUUGUGCUUUCUCUUCUGAGGAUGUUGAACGUCGAUUCCAAGGACACAGCCGUUAUUGACGACUGCUACGCCAAGGGCAACAAAGAUAUACACACGAUGCGAGCCUGCUUUACCGAUACGACGGGAAUCUCGGUGAACGGCGUCUGCAACAAGGAAGGGAUCGAGAAGUACAUCACCAGUCGCAUCGGUCACGUUUCCGAAUUUUUUCAUGAGCUUAUCACAGACCUUGUCGGUUGCAGCUGCUUCAAGAAGGCAAGUGUGAUGCCAGUUGUUUUUGUUGUAGCUUGA